UGCACAUAGCACACACACUGACUCAGACAUUAGUUUUCAAUUGUUUUAUGGGAGCGGAUUUGGAUAAAAUCGCGUUGAAAUCGUGCAAUAACCAAGAUGACAUCCUACGUACGUGCAAUGUACGAUUUUAGCGGUGAGCCUGGCUCAUCGGAAUUGUCAAUUGUUGCGGGAGACGUGCUUACCGUGACGCGGAGUGAUGUGGGCGAAGGUUGGUGGGAGGGUAAAAACAGUCGGGGCCAAAUUGGGCUGUUUCCAGCGGCCUACGUGGAGGUAAUGUCCGCGGCUGAAGUGCGCCAGCUUAAUGUUGACGCAACGUCUGCUGCUCAGGCCUUUGAUCCGUUCAGUCAGCCCCCACCACCCAUGUACGAUCCACCACCAGGCGAUGAUGAUGAUGAUAGCAUUUGGGAUGACAGCGACGACAAUGAAACAUACUCGGAAAUUCCGGCUGCAGGCAAAUCAGCCGCAACGGCACGUACCAGCGGCCUUACGCAUUCCACUAGCGACUACGAUAACAGGCAUCUACCUGUUGCGCCAAAUGAUGACGGCAUUUCGCUAAGCUCUGCAGCUGGCGGAGCUGGUGGGACAACAAUGAAAAAGGGCAUGUUUGCAAAGAGCUCAGAUUCCUAUAUACUUGGCUUGUCCAGCGUUAAGGAUAAGAUACCAGAAUGCGAGAUGGCGUAUAUAACUCAACUGGAGGACUCUAUCUAUCAGUGGACACAAAAUCAUUCGCCCUACAGUGUUGUGGUGGCCAGUCCCAAAAAAGAAUCGAAAUUCAAGGGAAUGAAAACCUUUAUUGCUUACCAGCUGACGCCAAGCUUUAAUAAUAUAUCCGUGUCGCGUCGCUACAAGCAUUUCGAUUGGCUACACGAACGGUUGGCGGAUAAAUUCUGUUUGAUUCCGGUGCCACCACUGCCGGAUAAGCAGAUUUCUGGUCGCUAUGAGGAGCAAUUUGUGGAACAUCGUCGCGUACAGCUGCAGGAGUUUGUGGACUGGGUGUGCCGUCAUCCGGUCAUAUCGAAAUGUGAAGUCUGGUAUCAUUUUCUUACCUGCACGGAUGAAAAGAUCUGGAAGUCGGGCAAGCGGAAAGCCGAAAACGAUCCUUAUAUGGGUGUCAACUAUUGCCUAGCUAUAUCGCCACCGGACAAGAACCUGUUGCACUCCAAGGUGGAUGCCCAACUGGACAGUGGUUCACAGUUUAUACACACCAUGGAUGGUGCAGUGCGCAAUUUAAAUAAUAUAUCGAAUGAUAUGGCCAAGCGCUCACUCACCCAAAGCAAAAAGGAAUUCCAGCGUAUAGGCGACGGACUCUCCGAACUGGCCAAAUCGCUGGACAUCGAUGAAAGACGUGCGCCCACACGCAACGGUGUCUCAUUAUCCAAGAGCGUAGGACGUAUUGGAGGCAUCUAUAUAAGCAUUGGCCAGAUGUUUGGUGAUCAGGCCAAGCAUGACUGGAUUCCACUGUCGGACAGGCUGCACAUCUACAGGGGCGUAUUGAACUGCUUUCCCAAUAUAUUUUCAACACAUAAAGGCGCCAUACAAAAGCGCAAGGACUGUGAACGCUCCACAGCCGAAGGCAAGAUGAGCAACGCCCAACUACAGGAUGUCAAUCGACGCACAGAUGUUAUAUCUUACACGCUGCUAGCCGAACUGACGCAUUUUAAAAAUGAACGGGACACGCACCUUAAGCAAACACUCAAAGCCUUUAUUGCUGAGCAAAUCAAAUUUUACCAAGGCGUUGUGGGACGACUACAGGAGGCCCAUCGCCAGAUUGAGUAAUAUCUGAAUUAUCUGGCUGACCUGAAUAGCGGUUGGGAGCACACAUGCUUACAAACACACACACACACACAAAAUAGCUGAAAACAUUCGCACGCGCGCAUUUGAAAUGCAAAAGUAAUAUAAAAA